AUGUUUAACGUUGACUGGAUGAGCCUUGUGCUCCCAUUCGCCUACCUGACUGUUCUCGGUGGCGUUUUCAUGACCUUUUCCACCAUCUACAGAAAGCGCAAAGCCACUCAAAGCGCCAAUCUCGCCCCUUGGUUCGGUCCUCAUCUCCAGCGCAACAUCUACCUUUCCCUGCUGCACCUCGAAUCCCCCGAAGAGGGCCAAGAGAAAGCCCCCAAGAUCCCUUCCACUGUCAUCAAGGCUGCUCUCCUCCGCCGCGCCGUCGAGGACAUCCACCGCAUCGUUCAGAUCCGAUCCGCCAAGCAGGCGUGCAGCACGUUACUGCAGCGGGGAAGCGUCGGCGAUGACCUGUGGCAGCGCUUCCAGCGUGCCGAGAAGGAGAUGGAGGACGAGCUGCGCGACGUCGUGAUGGAGGCCAAUGCCCUCGCGCCCAACUGGGGUCAGUCCAUCUUCCAAUCCGCCAACGAGAUCGCCGCCAACACCAUUGCGCGCAACCGCCUUGAAGAGGUUGCGAAUACCGUCGAGCAGGAGAAGGCAUGGUGGGAGAAGCGCAGGGCAACGAUCCAGACCGAAUUCAUGAAGGAGCUCGACGAUUCCGAGAAGAACUCGACCGCCCCGCCUAGUGUCGACGGCGACGCCGUUCUCGUCGAUUCCAACACCACCAGCACGCCCUCCAAGAAGAAGAAGGGCAAGAAAUAG